GAGCCUUUUUUAUCCCUGGAUCGUGUGCGUCGUAAUGUAAAUUACAAACUAUGUAUGUGUUUUGGGUAAAAAACAGAUUACAUAACUCUCAUACGCAUUCGACAAUUAUCACCUUGUCUCGCAAAACUAUAAAAUGAGCAAGAAAAGCAAUCGUAUCAGAAAACAACUGGACGUUGAAUCUAAACAAGAACUUUCUACCAAUCUAUCCAUAUCUGGCUAAGAUCGACCAUGAAGGGGAGAAGCUCGAGUACCAAGAUGACGAGGACCGAUGGCAGUUCUACAGGCAAGUCCAAGCCUCUUAGGAUUGCGGUAAUGGGAGCAGCAGCGGUUGGCAAAACGUGCAUCGUAAACCGCUUCAUGAAUGACACCUUUAUCGAGAAACACGAGGCGACCGUUGAGGACUUUCAUCAGAAACAGUACAAAAUCAGCAAAAAUGACGUUCAGAUGAUGGAGAUUGUCGAUACGACAGGUAGCUACCAAUUCCCCGCGAUGAUGAGGCUUUCAAUGACCAUCAGCCAUGCGUUUAUUCUUGUCUUUUCCCUGGAUGACAGAAAAUCGUUCGAGGAAGUUAACAGACUGAGACAGGAAAUCCUCGAAGAACGAAGAAACAAACCCACUUAUAUUGUCAUUGUUGCAAACAAGUCCGACGUCCCUGAAUCUGAGAGGGAGGUUUGUUCUAUAACUGCUGACAUUAUCGCAACUGUUGAAUGGGGAUGUGACGUAUACAUUGAAACGACUGCUAAACACGAUGUCAAUAUCACUGCCUUAUUCAGUGAUAUAACCAAAAAACAUUACCUCCGAGAAAAUGAUCAAUCAGACAGUACAGAUAGCCAUAGAACAGACGCUCGUGGAGAGAGAAGAAAAUCAGUACCAUUGACUUUUAUAAAUUAUAAAUCGAAUGCUAAUUUAAGAAAAUCAAAAGCUAACACAAGUUGUACAAUUUCGUAAUGAUUUAUCUUAUAGAAAUGUGUUAAAAUGCUUUAAAUCAGUAAAAUAUAUAUAAAAC